AUAGUUUGCUAUCUGGGUGGUUAAUAUGUGAUAAUAAGCACUAUAACAGACACGUGUAUGUAUGUGAGCAGGGGUUGAGUUUCAAAUAAGUCCUGCUGUGAAGGAGAAAUGAGUGAAAGUACUGAGUGAGAUGUAAUGUGGUGGCAGGAAUUAGGAGAUUAGUCUGACCCCUGCCAAAGGAUGAUGCACAAAUUUGUGACAUGCAGUACUAUAGCUGCAAUGCAAUCUAUUUAGGAUCUGGCAUCGUGGGAACAGUUGUUAUAAAAGCCAUGGAUGAGCAUCUCAGGAUCACUCAAAGAGAAAUGGGCCGAUUUAAAGGGCAACAGAUGACUAAGCGCUACACUCCUAGAAAAAGGCUUAUCAGAGUAAUUGUAGGUUACAGUUAUGCACCAUUUAGAGUUAAUUUACUUCUCUGUAAACAGGUUUUACUUCCCAGAGUAAUUAGUGAAGUUCGUGAAGUCAGAUUUAUUCUAUGCAGUUGAAACAUUUCUAUGUACGAACAGAAGGUUCUAAAAGGCUUAUUUGGGUUGCUAACACAAUCAGCAAGGAGCUCUGGGUCCUUAAGCAUUUUUUGACAGUCAGGGUUGUUUAAAUUCUGCCAUCAACAUUUGUGAAGUUUUUGAAAACUUGAAGAAAUUUAAGUUUUGUUUGGAUUAAGACUCAAAAACAUGAUACCAAUAUUACUUAUAUAUAUUAAUAAUUUUAGAGUUUCUGCCUUAAAAUGCCGUUAAAAGCAAAUUAUAUAGGUGGGGAGCAAACUAAAUCAUAAAAUAAUAUAGUUUUGUGUAAAUGUUAAAUGAAUAUGCCUUUUCUAAAAGGGUUAUGUGUUAGAACAGGCUUAGUAUCUAACACGGAAGCUCAUUACAGUUGCUCUGUUUACCAGUACAAUUUUCCAAUAUUAACAUAUGAGGAAAAUGAUUACAGUUUAUGAAAGCAAAGUUGCUUCUCAUUUUUCCCCUGUGCAUAUCAGUAGACAACAUUUUCUUUCAUAUAUCAGCACUUUUAUUGAGCACUACUCAUUUUAUGACACCAUAAAUGCUGGUGAAACUUCAUGUUCCGGUACAAGUAUGAAGGUUAUAUAUGCAGUUCACAGUUCCUUACAGAGCUCAACCACAAGGAAGUUAUAAAUAUCACAGACUCGCAAGACAGUGCAAAGAAGCCAAAAGCAAAUUUGCUGUUCUGUAAAGCCAGUCCAGCUGAACACUCCUGACAGUGACUGUUUAAAGUCUAACAAAGAAAUUAUUAUGAUACUUUUUGAAAUAAUUUAAAAGUAAAUAAAUAUUCAUGAUGAAUAGUAUUUUAAAGCUUUAUCCGUCUUCACAAAUAAGAAAUGUAUCUUUUAUUUAUCGAGAAUAAAGGGACACAAGCAGUCACGAGCAUAAAACUGGUAUUUAUAGCAGAUAUAAAGCAGGUGCCAGUAAUAAAAAGGCAAAACGGGCGAAAUGACUUGAUAGAUGUACCUAUGACAAGCGACACACUAUGACCGUUAAUAAGGAAGUAAAAGGCGGGACAAAGGUCUCUGUCGUUGUACAAGGCCAAAAAGGAGAAGCAGCUAUUUACUUCGUCACUUGCCAAUAUGAGAAAGGACCAGAGGUUACAAAAGGAGGACAGAGUCACAAAUUAAAAGUCAACACCACCGGAAUAAAGUUAAUACUGAAGUACAUCAGCAAAGGGACGGACACAUUCUUGAGCAAACCUUGAGUGUUGAUGUUUUUGUCAGCACGCCAGUUGGACUACCGAAAAUAGAAAACUGAAGUUCAUCUUGGGACAACAAAGGAAUUUAAGUUCAUAGUAUGUUUCUAGGUUAGGUCCUUAACGACAAUGAAGCGUUUGUCUGACAAAACCACCUCAGAUCACUUGCUGCUGUGCGUCUUCUUGAGUCUACUUUGGGGUGUAACUGACUCCACCACAACAUCACCAUCAAGCACUGAACCGACGACAAUCACAACUCCUGAGAAUGUUGGAGAAGUGAAGGUGGUGGACCAGAAUGAAACCAGCAUAACUCUGACAUGGGAAAAAGUCAACAACAUCUCAUAUUACACCCUACGAUAUGAUGAGAAUGGAGAACCCAAAGUAGAAAUUAUUAAUGCACCUCCUCAAGGUACAUCAGUAAAAUAUGUGGUCUCUCCUCUGACUCCUGGGACAAAAUACAGUUUCACUCUCAUCACUGUGCUUGAGGGAGUGAACAGCACUGGAUACAGCUUUACUGCUGUGACAGCUCCUGAAAAAGUUAAAGGAGUGACGGUGGUGGACCAGAAUGAAACCAGCAUAACUCUGACAUGGGACAAAGUCAGCAACAUCUCAUAUUACACCCUACAAUAUGAUGAGAAUGGAGAACCCAAAGUAGAAAUUAUUAAUGCACCUCCUCAAGGUACAUCGGUAAAAUAUGUGGUCUCUCCUCUGACUCCUGGGACAAAAUACAGUUUCACUCUCAUCACUGUGCUUGAGGGAGUGAACAGCACUGGAUACAGCUUUACUGCUGUGACAGCUCCUGAGAAUGUUGGAGAAGUGAAGGUGGUGGACCAGAAUGAAACCAGCAUAACUCUGACAUGGGAAAAAGUCAACAACAUCUCAUAUUACACCCUACGAUAUGAUGAGAAUGGAGAACCCAAAGUAGAAAAUAUUGAUGCAUCUCUUCAAGGUAGAUCAGUAGAAUAUGUGGUCUCGCCUCUGACUCCUGGGACAAAAUACAGUUUCACUCUCAUCACUGUGCUUGAGGGAGUGAACAGCACUGGAUACAGCUUUACUGCUGUGACAGCUCCUGAAAAAGUUAAAGGAGUGACGGUGGUGGACCAGAAUGAAACCAGCAUAACUCUGACAUGGGACAAAGUCAGCAACAUCUCAUAUUACACCCUACGAUAUGAUGAGAAUGGAGAACCCAAAGUAGAAAUUAUUAAUGCACCUCCUCAAGGUACAUCGGUAAAAUAUGUGGUCUCUCCUCUGACUCCUGGGACAAAAUACAGUUUCACUCUCAUCACUGUGCUUGAGGGAGUGAACAGCACUGGAUACAGCUUUACUGCUGUGACAGCUCCUGAGAAUGUUGGAGAAGUGAAGGUGGUGGACCAGAAUGAAACCAGCAUAACUCUGACAUGGGAAAAAGUCAACAACAUCUCAUAUUACACCCUACGAUAUGAUGAGAAUGGAGAACCCAAAGUAGAAAAUAUUGAUGCAUCUCUUCAAGGUAGAUCAGUAGAAUAUGUGGUCUCGCCUCUGACUGCUGGGACAAAAUACAGUUUCACUCUCAUCACUGUGCUUGAGGGAGUGAACAGCACUGGAUACAGCUUUACUGCUGUGACAGCUCCUGAAAAAGUUAAAGGAGUGACGGUGGUGGACCAGAAUGAAACCAGCAUAACUCUGACAUGGGACAAAGUCAGCAACAUCUCAUAUUACACCCUACAAUAUGAUGAGAAUGGAGAACCCAAAGUAGAAAUUAUUAAUGCACCUCCUCAAGGUACAUCGGUAAAAUAUGUGGUCUCUCCUCUGACUCCUGGGACAAAAUACAGUUUCACUCUCAUCACUGUGCUUGAGGGAGUGAACAGCACUGGAUACAGCUUUACUGCUGUGACAGCUCCUGAGAAUGUUGGAGAAGUGAAGGUGGUGGACCAGAAUGAAACCAGCAUAACUCUGACAUGGGAAAAAGUCAACAACAUCUCAUAUUACACCCUACGAUAUGAUGAGAAUGGAGAACCCAAAGUAGAAAAUAUUGAUGCAUCUCUUCAAGAUACAUCAGUAGAAUAUGUGGUCUCUCCUCUGACUGCUGGGACAAAAUACAGUUUCACUCUCAUCACUGUGUUUGAGGAAGUCCACAGCACUGGACACAGCUUUACUGCUGUGACAGCUCCUGAAAAAGUUAAAGGAGUGACGGUGGUGGACCAGAAUGAAACCAGCAUAACUCUGACAUGGGACAAAGUCAACAACAUCUCAUAUUACACCCUACGAUAUGAUGAGAAUGGAGAACCCAAAGUAGAAAUUAUUAAUGCACCUCCUCAAGGUACAUCGGUAAAAUAUGUGGUCUCUCCUCUGACUCCUGGGACAAAAUACAGUUUCACUCUCAUCACUGUGUUUGAGGAAGUCCACAGCACUGGAUUCAGCUUUGAUUCUGUGACUGUUCCUCUAGUGGUGGAUUAUGUCAAUGUGACUGAUCGCUCACUGACCAGCGUAACACUAACGUGGAAGAAAGUGAAUAAAGCCUGGGGAUACGUGCUUGAAAUUAAUGGAGUCAGAGAGACAUUUACCCCAGAUCAGUCCUCAGAUGUGUCACAUUCAGUCACACCUCUCAAGCCAGGAACAGCGCAUAACUUCAGCCUGGUCACAGUGUUCUCUGAGCUCAACAGUACUGCCUUUAGUGGUCGUGCAGUAACAACCAUUGACUGUGCCAGUGUAGAAUGGCAUGUUAGUACCUCAUCAAUCCAAGGAACAGUUGAAGGCGAGUUCACGAGUGCAACCGCCACUUACAAUUUACAAACUCAUGUCAGUCCUGGAGGUAGAGAUGUGUCUUUUACUGACCUUGUAUCCGGUGCAACCUAUGAGAUAUCUCUUAAGUAUAACACAUCAUCAGAACUACUUGAUCAGUGUCGCCACGACAUAACAGUUUUUCCUUCUCCCCCUUCAAACCCUCAUUGUGAUUACUAUGGAGGUGGCUAUUCUGCCUCUGUUAUCUGGAACAAACCAGUUGGUGUGUGGACUACUGUGGAGGUGAACGUGACUGGGGAAUCUUACAAAGUGGAUGACAUUGAGGAACAGAAAAUCAUAAUACAAGGAUUACAACCUGCCAGAACAUAUCAAGUGUCUUUAAAUUCAGUGUCUGGGCACGAAAGGCGUUCUAAUUCACUUGUUUUUUCAUGUUCUACUGAUCCGAGGGGAGUCAUUGCAGGCUCAGUAAUUGGUGUGCUGCUUUUUUGUCUCCUGGUCUGUCUGGCUGUUUUCAUUUUCCUUAAAAGACCAGACAUCAUCAGCAGAAAAAAGCCAUUCAUUAGUGGAUCCAAACAAACUAAAACAAAGGGCACAUUAAUUCCAGUAGCACGGUUUCCAGACCACUUCAAUAAAUUAAACGUGGAUGACAACAGAGGUUUCAGUGAGGAAUAUGAGGACCUUGCUCCCGUUGGCACGAACCAAACACAAAAGGCAGCUGAGUUACCUGAUAACAAAGUGAGGAAUCGAUUUAAGAAUGUGCUGCCAUAUGACUGGUGUCGGGUGAAGCUAUCUACGUUAAAUGGGACCUCAGACUACAUUAAUGCAAAUUACAUGCCAGGCUACAACAGCAACAGGGAGUAUAUUGCCUCUCAGGGUCCUCUUCCCGCAACAGUCAAUGAUUUCUGGAAAAUGAUUUGGGAACAAAGAGUGAAAGGCAUUGUCAUGGUAACCAACUGCACUGAAGGAGGAAAGAUCAAGUGUGAACAAUACUGGCCUGCAGACAUCAAGCCUUGCCUUUAUGGAGAGCUGUUGGUCACCGUUAGAUCUGAAGAACAGAACCUCAACUGGACGAUCAGGGAAUUUAGUGUGGAACAUAAAAACACGUCAGAGGAACGCUCAGUGAAACAUUUCCAUUUCACUGCCUGGCCUGAUCAUGGAGUCCCGGAAGGCAGUGAAGUCCUGAUCCAGUUCAGAGAACUGGUGAGACGGCACAUAGAGAAAGAAGGAGCUCGGGCACCGACUGUGGUUCACUGCAGUGCUGGAGUUGGGAGGACAGGCACCAUCAUUGCCCUGGAUGUGCUGCUUCAGCAGCUAGAGAAGGAACGAGGAGUGGGCAUCAAGGAGUUUGUGCACAAGAUGAGACUGAAUCGUCCACACAUGGUGCAGACGGAGUCCCAGUAUGUUUUCCUGCACCAAUGCAUCAUGGACUCUCUGCAGCCAAAUCAGAAGCCUGAAGACAAUAUAUAUGAGAAUGCAGACUUGAUAUAUGAAAAUGCUACUGCACUCCGAGAGUUACGUUAAAACAAACUCAUAUCCUCCCUGCACUCAGUCUUCUAUGCACUUAAAGACAAACUAAUACUGAUAUUUAAAUGCUAUUUUUUCUUUCAAACUAGAUAUUAAACAAUCACAAACUGAACUAUUUACUGUAUAAGCAUAGCACACUUUAGAUUUUAAUUUAACAUUUUUGUUCCUCUAAUCUACAUAAUGUAUACUAGUAAUAUUGCUGUUGUUGCUAUUGUGUGAGGGGAAAAAUACUUCAGAUGACCAAAUAAUGUCUUAAAAAUACAUUUAAUAACGAUAACAAAUGUGGGUAGAAAAGAAUAAGUUGUACAAGAAAUAAAAUAUUUUGUAUUCACAAAAAUA